UCUCUCGAAGGUCUAGAACAUUGGGCAUUUCAUUCGGUUUCUUCAAAAUAGAACUUUCUGGCUCUUCCCAUUUACUCAGCACUUCUCUAUAAUUUUCGCUUUGAUCUCAACUUCACUCUUCAUCUUCUCAACACCAACAUUCUUGAUUACUCUAAGAGUUCUAUAAUCUGUAUUCAUGGCUGAACAAGCAUAUACUGUGGUAUCUGAUAGUGAAACAACCGGGGAGGAAAAGACUUCAUCGUCUUUCCCUGAGAUAGCAAUUGGGAUUGACAUUGGUACAUCACAAUGCAGUGUGGCAGUUUGGAAUGGAUCUCAGGUGGAGCUUGUCAGAAACACAAGAAAUCGGAAAUUGAUGAAAUCAUAUGUCACCUUUAAAGAUGAGGUUCCUGCUGGUGGUGUUAGUGAUGAACUGGCUCAUGAAUAUGACAUGUUGUCUGGGGCUGCAAUCUUUAACAUGAAACGUUUGAUUGGUAGAGUUGAUACAGAUCCUGUGGUUCAUACCAGCAAGAGCCUCCCCUUUUUGGUUGAAACUUUAAAUAUCGGUGUCAGGCCAUUUAUUGCUGCCUUAGUGAACAAUAUGUGGAGGUCCACUACGCCUGAAGAAGUUCUUGCCAUCUUUCUAGUUGAACUGAGAGCUAUGGCUGAAGUUAAACUGAAACGUCCAGUGAGGAAUGUGGUUUUGACAGUUCCAGUAUCAUUUAGCCGAUUCCAGUUGACCCGAAUUGAACGAGCUUGUGCCAUGGCAGGGCUUCAUGUUCUAAGAUUGAUGCCUGAACCAACUGCAGUUGCUCUGUUAUAUGCUCAGCAGCAACAGCAGUCUGGACAUGAAAAUAUGGGUAGCGGGAGUGAAAAGAUAGCUCUUAUAUUCAAUAUGGGUGCGGGGUAUUGUGACGUAGCUAUAACAGCUACAGCAGGUGGUGUUUCGCAGAUCAAGGCCUUGGCUGGCAGCACGGUUGGAGGUGAGGAUCUACUUCAAAAUCUGAUGCAUUACCUCUUACCAAACAUGGAUAAUCUAUUCUCAAGCCAUGGAAUCGAAGAAAUAAAGAGAAUGGGAUUGCUUCGAGUUGCCACUCAGAAUGCUAUCCACCUACUCUCAUUCGAUGAGAGUGUCCCAAUUGAUGUUGACUUGGGAGAUGGAACAAAAUUAUCUAAGGUUCUCACGAGGACAGAGUUUGAAGAGGUGAACAAAGAGGUGUUCGAGAAAUGUGAGGCUCUGAUAAAACGCUGCUUGCAAGCUGCUAAACUAGAAGCAGAAGAUGUACAUGAUGUCAUAAUCGUUGGUGGCUGUUCCUACAUUCCAAAGGUUCGGAACAUUGUCAUGAGUAUAUGCAAAAGACAAGAGCUUUAUUCAGGAAUGAACCCGCUGGAGGCAGCUGUACGUGGUGCAGCCCUGGAAGGAGCAGUAGCUUCGGGAAUUAGUGAUCCGUUUGGGAAUUUGGACCUGUUAACCAUCCAAGCAACUCCUUUAAGCAUUGGCAUUCAGGCUGAUGGAGGUGACUUUGUACCAGUUAUUCAUCAGAACACCACAACACCAGUAAGGAAAGAACAGAUCUUCACUACUGUCCAUGAUGACCAAGCUGAAGCAUUGAUCCUGGUUUACGAAGGCGGUGAGAAAGCCGCGGAACACAAUCAUCUCCUAGGCUAUUUUAAGAUCAGAGGAAUACCUCCAGCACCAAAAGGUGUUCCUGAGAUUAGUGUGUGCAUGGACAUUGAUGCUUCCAAUGUCCUGAGAGUCUUUGCUGGUGUAAUCGUGCACGGGACUCAGCGUGCUCCUAUGCCUUUCAUGGAAGUAAGGAUGCCUACUGUUGAUGAUGGACAUGGCUGGUCUGCUCAAGCUCUGCAUAAAAUGUAUGGCUCUACUUUAGAUUUGUUAACAGUAAAGAAAAUACAGCAUUGAGAUUGCUGAAUGCAUAAUAAAGUUACAAAGAGACAUUAGGUGUUGUUAGUAGUGAAAAAUGUGGCAACUAUUUCAUGUAAAUAUGUGUCUUGUUUUAUAUUUGCCAGAGAAUAAUCUUGGUUGUGAGUGUUAAGAAUAAUAGUUAUAGCAACUCUUGUAACUCUGUCUCUAGAGAUUUAGAAUUUCAUAUUUUGCAAUGUAUCCUCGUUUUAAUAAUCAUCCAUCAGUUAUUUGUUUGUUUUUUUAA